CGCCUUCCCAACCGGCCAAACUGAUAUGGGCGAAGGCGAAGGCCGCGGUCCCUGGACGUAUCACAUCCUCCCCGAGGACCUUCUGAAGGCUGAACUCGACCGUCAUGCCUUCGCGAAGAAGACCUGCACGGUCGACUCUGUGUCCAUGCAGCCUUGCGCUGCCCCAGGAGAGACCAGUCAGGAUAGGCAUGUUGUCCACGAGUGGGCGUUGCAGGGAGGAAAAUGGCGGUGGGCCGCUAUUUUCGAUGGACAUGCCGGACACCAACUAGCCGAUCAUACUGUUGAAGCCCUCCCUGCCUUGGUUCGUUCCGCCCUAUCGACUGCUCUCGAGGACACUUCUCUCCUUGAACCGGCCAACGGCGAGACUUUUGUGGCGACAAUCUCUGCAGUCCUUUCCUCCACCAUCACAGCCUACGGAAGGUCAAUCGCUGACGAGGUCGUAGCGCUUUUUCCCGGCGGGGUCGAGGAGAUCUCGAAGAUGUCCGACGAAGAGAUCUCGGCUAGGAUCAACACAGAGGAGAACUUGCGGAAGGUUGUGCACGGUAUGAAGGGUACAACGGCGUUGAUUUCGCUUGUAGACCCGGGACGCCACAAUUUGUGGGUGGCGAGUCUCGGCGACUGCCAAGCUGUGCUCGGCACGAAGGGUGACCAAGGUUGGGACAUUCGCGUCCUGAGUUCGACCCACAACGGCGCGAUUCCCGCGGAGCAAGCUCGUAUCAUGAGCGAGCACCCCAACGAGCCCGAAGCCAUGCUGAACAACAGGGUUCUGGGGGGUAUCGCUGUCACCAGAGCUCUCGGAGACCUCGAAUUCUUACUUCCACGCAUCUACACCGAUCGUGUCUUCGCCCUGUGCAAGAUCCCUUUCAAAGUCCACAGCAAGCUUUCCGUGAUAAUGGAGAGGAACUUUACCCCUCCCUACCUGAGCUACAUCCCUGAUAUCCAGCACGUCCGCCUCACUCCCUCCGCUACCAACACCUCGGACACAAAGACGGCUGGCGAGAAGUUCUUGAUCAUGUGUUCUGACGGUCUGACGGAUCUAUACUUCGUGCCCGGUGAAUCGGAAAAUAAGCUGGAGAGUUCGGCAGAACGGUGGAUGGAAGUCGUGAGCGCUGCCAGCGCGACUCGUGGUAGUAGCGCUGAGGGCGGUGAUGAGCUGAAUUUGGCGCUGGCACUGUUGAAGGAUGCGAUUGGCGGUAAUGACCUGGAUAAGGUGUCGAGGUAUUUGACGGUGGAAAUGGACCAUAGGUGGAUGGACGACACGACGAUUGUAGUUCAGAGGUUGUAGCGUGGGCGCCGCAUGCAUCUGAAUUUAUACGCAAUUGUACGGGGUUUGUUACUGAACAGAGCGGC